GACGUUCCACACUAGCGAAUAACUUGCAGAGGAUAUGAAUUGCGUCGCUGACCAGGUUGUUGUGUCUGGCCAUCUUUGCAGAUCAGAGAUCCUUGGGCUUUGCAACUGGUACAGGGCUUGUCCCAACGUUGUUUCUCCAAAAAAGUGACAUCCUCGUCCUGGAUCUGCAGGCACUUCCCCCUCCAAAAUUUCAAGAUUGCCUCAGCGCCUUUCUGCGGGUCGAGCUUCCAGCCAUUUCUUCUUAUAACCCUGAUAUUUGCCCCCCACCCCAACUGGCGAGAUGACUAUCACUAGCCCUCUAAAUCUCAACCCACCCUCACAGCCUCACUACAGCCUCUAUAAUGGACGGUCCUUAUACUCAGCCAGAUCCAUUCAAAUCCUGGGAUUUCAAUAUGCUGCCCACCCAGCAAGACGUUGACGAUACCAACACCUUCUCACCUCUUCUAGACUUGGGUUCUGACCCAGGUCUGUCUCAGUCCAUCUCACCCCAGCUUCUUCAUUCCCAAGUCACUCAGUAUAUUGAUCCACUGGAGCUCCAUCCCCACACUUCAUAUUCCGACUCGUCAUUAUCGCAGUUACACUCCCCUCAAAGUCCUUGCUCCCUUCCACAAUUGUCGUCCACCCUACCUCCUCAUGACAAGCAGCAAAUCCUUCGUCGCUCGUCCAUCGCCAGCCUUGAUCCUGAUGUCGAUCAAUAUCGGCCAAGAGAUACUCCAAAUCGCUCACGAAAGUCCGUGAGUAGCCGCAUCACACCUCGCUCAGAGAAGCAUGCCCGCGAACUCGAACUCAACCGAAAGGCUGCAACGAAAUGUCGAAAUCGCCAGAAGCAAUUUGUCCAGAACCUUCAGACCAAAUGCCGCAAAGAAGAAGAGAGGAUGCAUCUGCAGACUUCCCUGGUACAUUCAUUGCACGAACAAGUCCUGGCGCUGAGGACAGAGGUCCUCAGACACAGCUAUUGUGGCUCCCUCUCUGUCCAGCGACCUCCUCCGCCCAUUUCCUGACCGACAGUCGAAGAUUUCCGCUUUAUUCUAUGUUGUCAGCAUCCGUAGGAUGUCCAGUAGGCUGGUUUUAUUGCUCUACAACUGCACGGGCCAGCAUCAAUCCGGGCAAUAUUGUUGCUAUGGGUAGGGUAU